AUAUUAUAGUGCAUAUUAUAGGAAUUAACAUGGAAGAAAUAGUUGAAGUGGAUGUUAGAAUACAAACUACAAGAAGUUAUCUUCAAACUGGUGAUAACAUAACCAUAACACUUUCCAACAACAAUUCACAUGUUGAGGAACCCAGUAAUGACGUAUCUACUAGUUCAAAAAAGAUUGAGACUAGCAACAAAACCACAGUUUGUAGAUUCUACAAAAGGAAUGGUCGAUGUAAUCAAGGGAACAAGUGCAACUUUGAACAUAGUGAUAUAAAGAAGGAGAAGGAAGCAGAAACUGUUAAAAAACCUAUUGACUUACCUGAAGAAGACCUAUCCAGUAGCUUUGAGAACUAUUUAAACAUAAAUUCGCUAAAGUCUAAACAAUGCAAGUAUUUUAUUUCCCAACAAGGAUGCAGGUUUGGUGACCAGUGUUCGUUUAAUCACUACCGUUCAGUUGCAGAUGCUGGAGAAGAGCCUGUUGAUGAACAUAAUGACACUGUAGAAUGUACUUCCCAAUCGCAAUGUCUAACUCAUUCUGAGGACCUGAUCUUAUGUAAGGAUAAGAAUGUUUGUAAAGUGGUUAAAAUUAAGGAAGAAGACCUUGAAAAUGAAUUAAAUAAUUCAAACCCAACAGAGGUUGGUGCAGGAAUGGCUGAUCAAGUUUUUGAGGAACCUCCCAGUCACUAUAAUACAAAAGAAAAUGAUGAAGUUGAGACUUCAACAGAACCUGAACUUAGAUUGUCAGAUGCUCAAAAAGAAACUUAUCAUGGAUCCAAUCGAACUACUCCAAAUUGUCGAUAUUUUCAGACUAGUCGUGGUUGUAGACAAAAGGGAAAAUGCAAGUUCAAGCAUGAUAAAAAAGCACUGUUAGAUUCCAAUGAAUCAAAUGAUGAAAUAGUAAGCAAUGCAUCUGUUGGGAGUAAAGUAAAAGAAAAUACACAUCCUGAAGAAAGUAGAAAUGAUAAGAGUAUUACUGAAGAUGUUAAAAAUGGUGCUGCUGAGAAUUUAGUUGAAAAUGAUGAUAGGGUUCCAAUUGAAAACAAUAAUAAAAAAGAACACAAUCGUACAAAUGAAAUGCAAAAACCAUUAAGAAAGUGUAGAUUCUUUAAUUCUGACCGUGGUUGUCACAACAAGCAGUGCAGGUUUUUACAUGAAAAGUUUAAAUUGCAGCAUACUGCGUCAUCUGAGAAAAAAAGUCAAGUUAUUGAUAAAAAUACCCCAGAUGAUGGAACUACAGAGAAAUUUAACGUUACAUUCAAUAAUUCAAAUGUUGUACCUAAUGCUGAAAAUCUGAAAAAAGAUGUUGAUGUAACACCGUCUCGCGAAGAUGAGUCUGAACCUAUAACAAACGUGCCCAUUAUACCUACUAGUCAAGGAAAUGCAGAAAUAUGCAAAUUUUAUCAGAAAUUGAGUGGUUGUAAGGAGAAUUCCUGUCCUUUUCUUCAUGAGAAAAUCCAGUGUUCAAAAAAUGUUGAUAUCGAAGAAACUAGAGGGCAAAAUGAUCUAGAGCAAAAUGCUUGCGGAAAAGAUUCUGGGAAACAAGAAAAGACAUCCAAAGUCUCAGUUGCUGUCAAUCGUGGGUACCAAAAUAAUAUCUGUCGAUUCCACCUCCUUCCAAGGGGAUGUAUCAAGGGAGAAAACUGUCCAUAUCAACAUUCUUCGUCAAAUCGUAAUCCCAUGCACACUCUCAACCUUCGUGAAACAGAAAUAAAACAAUUAGAAAGAAGAUUCCGCAAUAACUUUACCCUUGUGCAAAAGGAGCCUUCCACAGUAUACAACGUGAACACCGCCCCAACUGAUCCAGACUGGCCUUUUGUUGUCAAAGAAUUUACAUUACAUGUUGAAUUUCCUACAAGCUAUCCUGCUGAUUUAUUUAAACUUUCUGUAAAAGAAAGUGAAAAAUUCCCUCCUGGAUUUUGCACGUAUUUAAAUGAGGACAUUGAAGUAUGGCUUGAAAAUCGUAAAUCCCAUCGUGACAACAAGGACUUAGCAUUUCGACCGUUUCUAAAAUGGUUUGAUAAACGCUUAAAAGACCUUUUCACACAUGCAUUAACUAAGAUUAAAAUAGAACAGCAAGCUCAACAAGCUGGUAUUAAGUUAAUUCCUUUUAACAAGAUCCUUCCAAACAAUGCUGCUGUUGAUGGUGAGGUGAUAUCAAAUGAAGAGGGUACGUCUGUAAAUAAUGAAGAACCAGCUACUACACAAUCUGAAGAUGUUAACGAUGCUGUAAAAGUCGAGGAGGAUACCUGUGAUAAUACUGCCUCAAAUCAAAAUGAGAAUAGUUCUUCUAAAAGGGUGAAAAAAGGAACAGAGAUGAAGUUUUUAGAUUUAGUUCUCAAUGAAAAUAUUGGCACGCUGACCUUACCUAGUGUUAAACUUACAAUUGAGUGUGAAAGAUGUAGAAAGAGAGUGGAUGUCUCCUUGGUAGAGAAAAAAACAUACACGGGUACCUGUACCAAGUGUAAUGUACAGCACAUUGUGGCAUACCAUUCUGAACUUAUUCAUCAACACUCGCCAGUUGUUGGUUAUCUACACAUGCAAGGAUGCUCAGUAUUUGACUUAAUCUUAACGGAUUCCAAAUUGGUCUUAAACUGUUUGAAUUGCAACAAGGAUAACUCUAUGAAGGGGAUGGCGUAUGGCUCAAAAAAUCAUUUUUGUCAUCACUGCAACAAAGAGAUGGGAAUAAAAAUACGAUCGACUAAAUUUCUAAAAUUGCAAGCUGCGAACGGGUUGAUUUCAACAAAGAAGGAAGCACAAUCAGUGAGGAAGAAGCCUGUUAAAGAUGCAAGUGUCAUACCCGGGGAGGCUUUGCCUGAUAAUGGUACUUGCAAGCAUUAUAAGAAAAGUUACAGAUGGUUAAGGUUUCCUUGUUGUGGCAAACUUUACCCGUGUGAUAAGUGUCAUGACGAAAAGGAGGAGGGCAAUCAUGAACAAAAAUUUGCUACUCGAAUGUUGUGCGGGUUUUGUUCAAAAGAACAGCCAUUUUCCAAAGAUAAGCCAUGCGUACAUUGUAAUGCAAACUUGACAAGAUCAAAAUCUGCACAUUGGGAAGGCGGAAAAGGAUGCCGGGAUAGAACCAAAAUGGCGCGAGACGAUCGCCACAAAACAGCAGGUACUGGCAAAACAAUAUCUCGAAAGAAAACUGCAGAGCAAGAAAAAAAGAAAAAAUAACUUUUCUUAUGCAUAAUAUUUUAUAAAUUAUAAUUUUUUAUACUUGAAUUCUUCAACACGUUAUAGGUAAUAGUAAAAUCUUUAAAUUCAAA